AUGGGGGCAAUCAUCACGAAGCGACGAAAACGCCUCCUCGUUCUCGUCGGCGCGAUUUUUGGUCUCUACUACUACACCAGCGAGAAUUUUGAGAGGAGGAAUGCUGCUGCUCCUGUUCACCAACAGCACCACCGUCGUCGAGGGGAAAAUCAUCAUCAGCUUCGAGGAGGAAACUUCGCGCACUUCUUCGGCCGUUCGAACUCGAACCUUUCGUUUCGAGAGAAACAAUUGACGCACUUACUCGGCGUGGAAAACGAGUGGCAACCUGGAUUUUCGUUCGUGGGUACGGGAAACGCGGAAGAGCGCGGUCGGUUUUUGAAUAUGAGCAAAGAUGAUGGGGACGGAACGUACGAUGGAAUAGGAAUAGGAUUAGGAGGAGAAACCAACGCGGGGGCGCACAAUCCGGCGCACGAGAAUUCAGAUAAAACGUUCGGGGUGAAAUCUAUCGGCGUGUUCCACGUGUUUCGGAAACCUCCCUGGGGUGGUGGGAAUCAAUUUUUAAUGGCGUUGGUGAAGGAGUUUCGGAGGAGGAAGAUUAAAGUCGUGGAGAACGCCAUCGUGCCGGGGGUGAAAAUUUACAUGGCCAACGCGGUGACGUUUAAAGUGGACCCGUUUCGAGAGGCGUUUUUGAAGAGCGGGAAGAAGUUAAAGUUGGUGCACAGAUUAGAUGGGCCAUAUUAUUCCGCGAGGUAUAACAAAGAUCCAAGGAAGGAGGCGAAUUUGCCGUAUCGAGCGAGGGAGGACGAUCGAGUGUAUUGGAUUAACAACGAGUUCGCCUGCGCGUCUAUUUUUCAGAGUAAAUGGUCGUACGAUAUGAAUAAGAUGUUAGGGUACGAUCCGAAAGGGUAUUUACAAAUCGUAAAUAACGCGGUGGACGAUACGAUUUUCCACAAUCGAGGAAGACAGCCGUUUUCGAGAUUACGCAAGACGAAAAUUAUGGCCAGCUCGUGGUCCAGCGGCGAACGAAAAGGAUUUAAAACGUUUAAAUGGUUGGACGAUAACUUGGACUUUACCAAGUACGAGUUUUUCUUCAGCGGGAACGUUCCAGACGGGAUGGUGUUUAAGAACAUCAAAACCUUACCGCCGGUGACGAGCGAAAAACUCGCGCCGAUGUUGAGAGAACACGACAUCUUUCUCGCGGCUUCGUAUUUAGAGCCGUGUUCCAACGCGCUCGUGGAAGCGUUAGCGAGCGGCAUGCCGACAGUUUACCAAUCCGGAAGUGGUCACGCGGAGUUAGUCAAAGCCGGAGGACGAAGUUACCGAAGACCAGAGGAAAUCCCGGCGAUGUUAGACGAAGUCGUUUUGAGAUUCGAGGAGUACCAAAACAACAUUCGCGUCACGACGGUGAGCGAAGCCGCCGACGGAUACUUACAAGUCUACGCAGCCUGUUUGUCGUGA